UCGCUAAUCCUCCCCUCCUUUGAGCAAGCCCAGCUUCUUCCGGGUCAGCGACAAUCACCACCACCCGAGUCGGGCCCGCUGUGCCCUGCACCAAGGCCAGGCUCGCACAGGGUCCGGUAGCCCGCGGGGGCAGGUUGCGGGAGCAGAAAAGGGCGGGGACGAGGGCGGGCGCCGAGGGAGCGGGGGAGGGAGCUGGGAGGGGAGCGAUCGCAGGAGGAGGGAGCUGCCUCGGGCGGCUGGCGACGAGGAUGGGAGUGCGGGGCAAGCGCGCGGCGCCUAGGGUCACGGCCGUGGCGGAGUCUGUGGGGCGCGAAGCCAGCGCCCGGCGCUUUUAAAGCCGGGAUCGCGACGCGCUCGAGGCGCGGGCGGCGGCCGGAUGGAGAGGAAGGGCUUGGCUGCCCGAGCCUCGGGGAACCCUAGCCCGCCCGCGCUGGGUGAGGGACCGCGGCCCGUGCCGCCACCGUGCGUCCCGAGUGGCGGAGGAGCCCCGGAGCGGGGCCAGGCUGGAGCGGCGGCCGAGCCCGCGGAGCUUAUCCGGCGCGCGCACGAGUUCAAGAGCCAAGGGGCGCAGUGCUACAAGGACAAGAAAUUCCGCGAAGCCAUCGGCAAAUACCACCGGGCGUUGCUGGAGCUGAAGGGAUUGCUGCCGCCACCGGGGGAGCGGGAGCGGGACGGACGGCCAGCUUCCCCGGCAGGGGUUCCCAAAGCCAGCCGCCUCUCGGAGGAGCAGAGCAAGACGGUUGAAGCCAUUGAGAUCGACUGUUACAACAGCCUGGCAGCCUGCCUGCUCCAGGCUGAGCUGGUAAAUUACGAGCGAGUCAAGGAGUACUGCCUCAAGGUUCUGAAGAAGGAAGGAGAAAACUUCAAAGCUCUUUACAGGUCUGGUGUGGCCUUCUAUCAUCUUGGGGACUAUGACAAAGCUCUCUACUACCUAAAAGAAGCAAGGACACGACAACCCACAGACACCAAUGUGAUUCGGUACAUCCAGCUGACAGAGAUGAAGCUCAGCAGAUGUUCCCAAAGGGAGAAAGAAGCCAUGUAACAAAGACGCCUCUCUCGAGCCACACUCAUACCUGACCAGGGACUUCCAGGCACUGGUGGUGGAGAGCCCAGACGUGGGUUCUCUCCCUCUCUUCCCAGUUCUUCAUGUACUUCUCCUGUUGCUCAUUCUGUUGCUCCCCAACUCUGUCUGUGAGAAGGUGAGAGGCACUCUUGGACCUUCGUGGGCAGCCCAAACGUAGACUUAUCCUCUUCUCUAGUAGGUCAUCAAAUGGGACAGCUAGGAAAGUCUCGUGGACUGGGGGGUGGUCCUGGGGCUUUGACUUGGCCCAGUGUUUCUGAACCUGGCAGGUAUAUGGAGCCCACAGUCUGGACCCUUCUAUGCCUUUCCAGUGGAUCAGAGCGUCUUGAGGCAACUGUGAUGAAUGUAAGAAGCACUGGUCGAAGAAGCUGAGAUUGUGAAUUUCCUUCUGCCCCCUCAGUCACCCGAGCGCCUAACACACCCCGGGACUUGUCUAGGCUUGUACUUUUCUCCCAUUGAGAGGUCAGGUCUUUGCCAGGGUUCACAUGCCAUUAAGGCCCACUCUCAGUGCCCUCUGGUGACCACACAUACCAUUCCCCCAUCCCCAGCUAGCCAGCAGCUGUAACAGCAGAAGGGCAGGGUGAAAUGGGCCAAAGGUUGGGGGCAGAGCAGACUGAGUAGGUGACAGAGGAGGGAAAGGCCUUGGGUGGACUGAGGGAUUAGACUAAUGUAAAUAAAAACCAACCUGUUCCUGUCAUUUCUGGCGGAAACGGUCCACUCCCUUACCUGUUCCCUCCCUGUCCCUCAGGUAGAGUGGCCUACAGCUUCCUGUAAAGCCAGUGAGGGGCACUUAGACCAAGACUAUAUGCAUCAUGUUGGCCACAGCCUUUGUGCUUUGGGGAGUGGGCUAGGAUUAUGGAAACUGCUCCAGGACUUGGCUUUGUGGGAAUUUGUAUACCCCACCCCACCCCUUUUGACAAAAUUAUCUGAACUCAAUAUCUAAUGCAUAAUGAAUUUUUGUCGAAUGGAUAAAUUUCGACUGCAGACUGACUCUCCUGCCUUAAACUAAUCGGGUCCUAGCCUGGUCUCCUGACACAUAAAAAAGCUUUUUAUGCUAUGCCGCAUUGAAACAUGUCCCGAGGGCUUACUGGUCCCCCACCAUAGUGCAAUAUAGGACAGAGACCCAGUCUUCUUGAAGAUAGGAAAGCUGAGAAAUCCACAUGAGAUUAUUACCAAUGAUACUAUUAAUAUAUAUGAAGCUUAAACAUUUUCAAGGCACUUUCAAGUAUUUUUCAUGUGACUUAGUGAGACACUAUUGUAUAAAAUUAAAAUAUAUACAGAUGCAAUAAUGUUAAUAGCUAGGAUUUAUUAAAUGCACUAUCUUCAGAUCGUUACACAGACAAUCUCAUUUCUUUCAUAUAGUCACUCUGUGGGAUAUUAUUCCCAGGUGAUGGAGAAGGACAGACAGCUGGAAAAAUUAAUGUUCUUGAGGUUGCAUGGCCUUACAGGACAUGGCUAGGAUUGAACAGAUCUGACUGGUUCCAAAGCUCUGGCUACUAACUAUCUUAUGCUUAGCUGCCUCUCUGUUGAACAUUUACACUGUUUGAGAGCAGAACAAUUUCCAUAAAGUUGAAACAUGAUUCACACAUCAAUCCUCCCACCCCCUUAUGUUUACAUAGGCAAGACAGAAAGAGACCAGAAGCCAGAAUCCCUAGUGGCUUGCGCAUCGACAUCCCCCCCCCGCACCCCCCCAGACCCCCAGGAAAAAGACAAGAGGCCUGGCAAUUACAUCUAUGUGCCGGUCAUUCUUUUUGCUGAUGGAGCAACAUGAAUCUGAACAACCCACCUGGCCUUCCUCACUGUAUGGCCAAUAGUGAGAAAGGAUCGAAAGUAGAGGCAAAGACAGAAGGGAAACUUGAAGUUAAUUAUGUGUUACUUGUUCAAGCAGUUGCUUUGCCAAUGCAAGAUCCAGUCACUGCUGAAGGGCCCAGAAGGCAGUAGCACGGCUUAUAUCCACACAGUUCCCCAAACACUUCCAGUGUGUGUGUGUGUGGGGGGGUGCGCUGCAGGAAGGUGCUAGAAAUAUCCAGAGUCCCACCAUGGCUCUGGAGAAGAAAAGGAAAAAGCCAUCCCAAGACCGAUUUCCCUGACUUUGAACAUAUUCUCUCUUCUUCCUCCAAAAUGGCUUCUCAUGACCCCAACCCCAAACUACCCUCAGCCCUGGCAUGUGCCUAUGCCCAUCCCCUCAGCCCUCAAUGCCAUCCCCAAGCUCAGCGGUCAUAAGCUGACAAUCUGUUAGGAUCUGAAAGAUGAAAAUGAGGCCAGAGGUGGUUUCCAGAAUGAGUUCAAACUGGCAGGCUUCUCCUUUGCUCUUCAGUGCAUUAGGAGUAGGUUUGGGUACUAAUUUCCAAUAAAGGGGAGGGAGAGAAUGCUUGCUUGAGUGGAUGCGCUGGGGGAAGGGCUGUAUUCGUAGGCAUAAAACCAUUGCCACCCCAAAGAGAAUGUUUGAAAAAGCACAAUGAGUGACUCAGCUACAUACACUCGUAGGAGCUCCAUUCACUGUGACCCAGACUUAAAUGAUCACACACACACACACACACACACACACCUCUAAACAGAAACUGUCUGGGGUAUUAGUUAACUCGAGGAGCGGUAGGGAUGAAUUUUCUGUUCAUUUGUCAGCAGAGUCUUCAGAGAGCUGUUUCACUUCCUUCCUGCACAUCUCCUAAAAUCAAGGACUGUGCUCUACUCGCAGACUUAGCGGGAGCCACGGUUGAACUCUGCAGACAGCCCUCAGCAUGGCUCUGUCCUGCACUGUCUGUCACCUGCCUGGACUUUUGUGAUAGACCCUUUGGCACACAACUUAGACUUUUUGUUGAGUUCUAAAAGCCACACACAUGUGUUGUAGAACAUGUAAGGAAAGUUAAGGAUGACACUCAGCUCAUCACACUAGCACCAAGAGGACACUUUCAUCCUUUGUGUAUAUCUUCCGUUCUCCUUGGUGUAAAUGUGUACACGUACUCACACCGGCUUUUGGUUUGUUGCUUCUUUGUUUGUUUUUUUUUAAUGAAGAAAACUGGAUCGUGCUGUAUAUAGUCUUUAAUAACUUACUGUUCAAAUGUGUAUUUAUAUUUUAGAAUAUGCAAUAUACGCACAGACCUAUAAAAUUCAAAUAGUAUACAAACUCUGUAGUUCAAAGUAAUUCUUUUUCCCUGUCUGCCCACAGCAAGUUUCCCUCUGGUUUCUUGUGUACCCCCCUCAAGAGAUUCUGGUUUUUCAAAGAUAUGUGUAUAUGUUCUUUUAUCACUUUCAAGUGGUAGCAUGUCGGAUACUUCCCCCCCCCCCGCCCCCGUUGCUUUAUGUAAUAUGUCAUGGGCAUUUCGGCGUGUCUCUUGGACUUUUCUGAGAGCAUCUUCAUGGUAUGGGUGGAUCUUUAUUUUGUAACCCAUCCACAAAGUCGAAUGAUUUCACCUGUUUCCAGUCUUUACUGUAAAUAAUGUUGUAACUGACAUUCUUGUUGCUAAAUUUUGCACAUGUCUGUGGUGAGUUCCUUAGGAUAUAAUCUGAGGAGAUUGUGUGACUAUUUUUAAGGAUUUUGAUACAUGUUGCCAAUACCCUGUAGAAAGUUUGUACCCAGACACUGUCCUGUUUGCAGCCUCAGAGCACCCUGCUCUCUGGACCCUAAAAAGCACUAGGUUUUAUCACUUAUCAAAUCUUUGCCAAUUUGAUAGGCAAAUAACAGUACUCCAAUGGUAUUUCAACUUAUUGCUUUAACUUUCUUUGGUUAUCAGUGAAUAACAUUUCCAUAUGCUUAUUGACCAUUUGUAUUUCUUUCUUUGUGACUUUCCUAUUUAUUUGAUAUUGAUAUGUUUAUCUACAUAUCUAUGUUUAUCUUUAUUAUCUAUUUGUAACUUUAAGAAUAUUAUUUUUGUCAAGAAAUGCAACAGAUACGCUUUCAAAGUGCUUUGCUUUCAGAUUUCAUUUAUGGUGCUUUUGGACAUACAUAAACUCCUAAUUCUGCAA